GUGUAUAAAGCCGCUAAAGGUGUUUAUGAAUUACUACUUACCGAGUUAUUCUUCAAAGCACGAUGAAGAUUCUUGUGCUCGUUUGCUUACUAGCAGCCACAUGCUAUGGUCGACAAGGAUUUGGACCAGGCGAGCAAGAUUGGGGUUACAUUGAAGUAAGACCUGGUGCCUUUGAAUUUUGGUGGUUGUACGAAACAACCGCGCCUGUAGCCAAUAUCACCAAAAAACCGCUUGUUAUAUGGCUACAAGGAGGCCCGGGCGCUUCAUCUACUGGUCUCGGAAAUUUAGGGGAAAUUGGACCUAUAGAUCACAAUCGAAUUCCUAGAGAUCAUACUUGGGUAAAGAAUGUGAAUCUUCUUUUCAUUGAUAAUCCCGUUGGGGCAGGAUACAGCUACGUUAACGACACAACGUAUUUGACAACAACCAACAAGCAAAUUGCGGAUGACCUUGUAACAUGUCUCCAAGGUUUUUAUAACAAAAGGCCAGAAUUUCGCUAUGUACCUCUUUACAUUGCAUCGCAAUCGUAUGGAGGAAAAAUGGCUGUACAAUUUGCCCUAGAAUUAUUUAAGAGAGGGUUUCCCAACAUUAAAGGAGUAAACAUGAUCGACGCUUGGAUAUCGCCAAUAGACUCUGUGCUAAAUUGGGCACCACUCCUACUUAAUGUUGGGGCCAUAGACCACCAAGGUUAUGAGACAGUAGAUGCCAGUGCGAGGCGCACGCAGAAAUAUAUAGAAGACGGAAUGUUCAAAGAGGCAACAGAUUCAUGGUUUAAGACCGGAUAUACUAUUGUGGACGUGGCUUAUAAUGUUGAUUUUUACAACAUCCUCAACAAAAUUAAAACUGAGUGUCAAACAUCCCACAGAGGCCUUAGUGCAAACCCUGACGUUCCACCAUGUGUGGACGAAGUUUCUUAUAAAAUUGGUUUGCUAAUGAAGGGAGAAGUAAAGGAAGCACUAAAGUUGAACGUAACGUGGGGCCAAAUGAGGGGAGCAUUAUUCAAUGCGUUGAAAGAAGAUUUUAUGAAGCCUGUUGUUGAUAUAGUUGCAAAAGUAUUAGACGAAACGAAUCUAAAGGUACAAGUAGUUAGUGGUCAAUUAGACCUUAUUGUUGAUACGCUUGGUACAGUAGUGUGGGUUGACAACAUGAAAUGGUCAAGAAGCAGAGAAUGGUCAACAGUUCCUAGAACAGUACUCUCGGUGAAUGGGGUUAAUGAGGGUUACCAAAAGAAACUGGGAAAUUUUGCACUUUACUGGGUUAACAGGGCUGGCCACAGGGUACCUGCGGAUAACCCAUAUGCUAUGGAUAGUAUUCUCAAGGAUUUAAUAAGCUAAUGACUUACUCCCUCUUUCUACCCCACUCUCUCCCCAGGCAACACACUUACGUUUAAUAAAUGGCUAUAAACGGUUCGACAUGAUAAAUUCGGUAUUGGUAGUAUGGUAUACGUUUUUGUGGACCAAUUUUAUACCUUAAGUUUAAAAUAAUACUUUUAUUCAUCUAUAACCUAACCCUUAGAGUUCAUGUUCUACGUUACAUUCUACGUAUGUAUGUAAAAUUACUUAAUAACGAUGUAAAGGAUUAGGGGUAUUGCACUCCUAAAUUAAAC